UGUUACAUCAAGCCUGCCUGAACACACUUGACAUAAUUUCGACCGCAAUGCUUCGCCAUGCUUGUCGACUGUGGCGAUUGGCGGCUGUCCCGGCUGUCCCGACUGCGGCCGUGCGCUUUUCCACUGGGCCUGCCCGCGAACAACUCGCUUCGUCUGGCUAUCCAGACAUGAGCCCAUCUCGGCACCUUUUGGAUCGGUGUUUGGAGGCAGCUGCGGGACGAGGUGUUGACUCUAGUGACUAUCACCCCUGGCUGCCCGUGGAUCUUUUUCAGACACUCUUGGUGGACAUCCAUGAGUAUGCAGGCUGCUCCUGGUUCACAGCCAUUGUUUGCACAUGCUUAGCGAUUCGAGCUCUCCUGAUGCCUGUGACCAUAGCGGCCAUGCGCGGUUCCAGAGAGAAGGCAAUCCUGCAACCAGAGUAUGAGGAGCUCAUGCAGAAGCAGAAGGCCCUUCGCAUGGAUAGCGACCCCGACAAGAGUCAAAAGAUUCAGAAGAAGCUUCAGGCAUUUACCCAAAAGCACGGCCGCCUUUUUAUGAUGAAAGGCACCUGGAACUUAUUCCUCGUGCAAAUGCCACUCUACAUCACGGCCUUUGCUGCGCUGAGGGGUAUGGCAAAUCAUCCGGACAUGUUCCGGGGCUUUGCCAUGGAGUCCCCUCUUUGGCUCGAGAGCCUUGCGCUGGCGGACCCUUACUGCAUACUGCCCGUCAUCACCGGCGCCAUCAUGAUCACCAACACCGAGCUUUUUGGAUCUGUUGACACUGAAGCUACACAAAUUGAAGAGAAAGGGGAUGGUGCUGCAUUCGGUCAAAACACCAUGCAGAAGUACCAGAAGCACAUAAUGCGCGGAUCGGCGGUCCUCUUCAUCCCGAUGACAAUGAAUUUCCCUGCAGGCGUCUUCAUUUUCAUGUCGUCGAACAUGGCGGCGGCGGCGGCGCAGAGCCGCGCCUUGCGGCACCCGCUGGCGGAGCGCUGGCUGGAGCUGCCGUCCCCAAAACCCGCGAAAGACGCGAAGGCGAGCUCGACGGCUGCGCGCGCGACGCCGCAUCUCGACUUCCAAAAACUGAGAAGAGAAUUUCUAAAGGGAACUGAGAUAGGAAUGAAGCUGGAGCCUCCAACUCGCUUUGCGACUCUGACAAAUGCCAUCACAUUGGCGCACCCGAAGCCGAUGGUGCCAGAAGCCACCUUGCUUCAGCCGAGAGCCAGCUACGCUGUCCGGCGCAAGUGAGUUGCGCUG